CUACUUCCGAUAGCAAAGUGAUCGAUUUUUCCCAUUUAGGACAUGUACUGUUAGGAAUUCAGUAGUGCGUUUCUAUAUUUAGACGUGUAAAUAGUUUUUACAUAUGCCACUCCUAACAUUUUAGAUACACUUACGAGACCGAAUAUAUAUCGUAAAAAGUAAAAUGGCCGAUAAACAAUAUAACAUUAAGAUGGGCGGAAACGCAGCAGCGUCGGUGGAUGCUUACCUCGAAUACAGACGAAUUGUAGGUGAUGAUGAUGGCGGUAAAAUGUUCACCCCUGAGGAAUUUGAAGCAUACAAAAAGAAAGUUAUUCCUCUGCGCAUCAAAAACCGGCUGUAUACUUGUUAUAGCAACCCUAAUGGAAUGGAUUGUAAACUUGUCGGUCCUGAGACACCUUGCUUCUGUACACACAGAUACAAGCAGCAUAAGACAGACUUUGAAGAGAUCCCAAAACAACGUCCCAUCAUGCUCCCCUGCAGUGUCUCAGGUUGUCCCUGCAAGUCGUAUCAUUACGUGCCUGCGAACGGCAGCCAGCCCAUCCGCUGUACGUGCAAGCACCUUUCCGAUGAACACAACCCCAAAUCACCAUUUGUUUGCAAGAAAGGUGGAUGCACCAGAUGCACCGGCUUCAAGAGCUUUUUCAGUUGUCCAUGUGGCUUUACUCACAAUGACCAUGAAAUGAUCAUUGAGACGGCUGAUGAACGUGAGGCCAGAGGUCAUCCCCUGGGUGAGGCUGUGCCCUACCAGGCCAUGGGGGGUCUGACUGGGUUCUCCUCCCUAGCUGAUGGUUAUCUGCGACUGGAUCCUAGCGGCCGAGGGGCGCCAUCUGAAGAAUUUCUAAGCCAGCCCAUUACAGCUCUAGACAACCCAUUUCUCAGAGCUAAUGUCAACUCUAUCAAGGCACAUGAGCUUGCAAAAAGGGGAACAAACGCUUUGACUGGCCCAGAGGAUCCAGUGUUUCAGGACAUUGAAGAAAGAAUUUCAUCCGUGAAGAAGCCUGGAGAAUCUGAUAUGGACUUCUUUGAGAGGAGAUACCAAGAAAGGCUAAAACUUGAAGCUGCGGCCAAAAGAAAGCCCAUCGCUAACCCUUACACCCAGCAGAGCACUAAAGUGGGCCAGAGGAAAGCCAUUGAACCAGCCUCAUCAAAAGCUAAAGCAAUUAAGCCAAAGCCAGGCACAUCCAAGCAAUGAGACAGUCAGAUACCAACUGUGACUAAGAUAGUUUAAUUUUUAACAUACAUUCAUACAUACAUUCAUAUAUAUAUAUAUAUAUAUAUAUAUAUAUAUAUAUAUAUAUAUAUAUAUAUAUAUAUAUAUAUAUAUAUAUAUAUAUAUAUAUAUAUAUAUAUAUAUAUAUAUAUAUAUAUAUAUAUAUAUAAUAGGGUAUGUAGGUAUGUAAUAAGAAAAUAUCUGGCAGCCUUGGAUCUAGUGUUGUAUGUGGAUUAGCCUAGACUGUGACUUAGUUGGUGUGAAAGCUUAUAUCAAUCAUAUUGAGCCAUUUAAUAUUUUUAGCACUACCAUUACCUGUGAUAAACUUAUUUUUAGAGAACAUUAUAUACGACUUAAUGACCACUUGUUUUGGUAAUGAGUACUUAAUCACAAUAAAUUCCAUUAUAAAUGGUUAGCAUAACAUUGUUGGUGAAGUAUGUUUUAUUGGCCUUAAGUUUCUGUGAUAUUUUUCGAACUGUUUUUCUUUACAUUUUAAUAUACUUUCGUAAAAAUCUAUUUUAUUGAUCUGUUGAAAUUGUUGCUUAUUUUAUUCAUGGUUUCUGUUUUUAAUUGUACACUGUUACAUAAAUUUUAUUUGCUUACCCUAUAUAUAGGCUACUUAUUCUACAUUCAAACUUAAUUGGAGAAUAAUAGUACUUUAUUCUUAAAGUAAAUUCAACAAAUAAAAUAAUAUAUGUUUUGAUGUGAUUGCAAAGAAAAUCAAAUAAUUCUAUUUAUAUAACCUUGGGAUAUAGAUACAAUACAUAGAAAUUAUUGAAGUCUACAUAUAAAGUAGGCUAUUUUAAUAUUUAUUUAUAGUUUUUUCAAUUAAUUUUUUUUAUU